UAGCCUUGUCAAACUCUCUUCUUCACUUUAUUUAGCUGUUCUAGCAUGUAACUCCCAACUCUUUGCACUGCUUCAGUUAGUGGAGCAUUUAUUUUUGUAUCGGCUGCAUUUGUUAAGACUGUAACAACGAAAGGCAUUUCCUGAGAAGCUGCAAGGAUGAGCAGCAAGAAAGAGCAACAGCUAAGGAAAUACGGGACCCUAGUAGUGCUUUUUGUUUUCCAAGUUCAGAUUUUUGGUUUUGAUGUUGACAGUCGACCUACAACAGACGUCUGCUCGACACACACUAUAUUACCCGGACCAAAAGGAGAUGAAGGUGAAAAAGGAGAUAGAGGAGAAGUAGGAAGGCAAGGAAAAGUUGGACCAAGAGGACCAAAAGGAAACAAAGGAACUGUGGGGGAUAUUGGUGAUCAGGGAAUGAUUGGGAAAAUCGGCCCAAUUGGCGGAAAAGGUGACAAAGGAGCCAAGGGCUUAUCAGGAGUGUCUGGAAAAAAGGGGAAAGCAGGCACAGUCUGUGAUUGUGGAAGGUACCGCAGAGUUGUUGGACAACUGAACGUCAACGUCGCUCGGCUUAACACAUCUAUCAAGUUUGUAAAGAAUGUUAUAGCAGGCAUCAGAGAGACAGAUGAGAAAUUCUAUUACAUUGUCAAAGAAGAGAAGAAUUACAGAGAAGCCUUGAUCCACUGCAAGGAUAGAGGAGGAACACUAGCAAUGCCUAAAGAUGAAGCAACUAAUGCCCUGAUUGCUGACUACAUCUCCAAGAGCGGCCUCUUCCGAGCAUUCAUUGGGAUGAAUGACAUGGAAAAGGAAGGACAAUUUGUGUAUGCAGACAACACUGCACUGCAGAACUACAGCAAUUGGAAGGAAGGGGAACCGAACGACCCAACUGGUCGUGAGGACUGUGUGGAAAUGCUYAGCACAGGAGAGUGGAAUGAUUCAGAGUGCCAAGUUACCAUCUACUUUGUUUGUGAAUUCCUCAAGAAGAGAAAAUAAAAGUGCCACAGAAAGUGCCUGGCACUUUCUGUACAUACAGCAACCCCAAUAACCUUCAUCCCCUGUAAGAAAAGCAGACUAAAAAGGAUAAGGCUGAGUUCAACUUUCACUUCAUUGGGUUAAGGAUGAAUAACUACCACUGAGCUAGCUGACAGUGAGCCUGAAGACAGUUCAAGUCUGCAUGUAUUAUUGGCAUCCAGCCAAAAGUAAUUUUUUUUUUCAAUUUAGGAUUGUUGGGCAAAUUUAGAGUAUGCAGAGGUGAAUAUGACUUUACUAAUGCUAGAAACAGUAAAUCCAUUGGUAGAUUAAUUACUGAUGUGGUCUAGUUAUCUUUAAUCUGCAUAGGAAGUCCCAAUAUUUUCCUGCAUAAGAAGUCCCAAUAUUUUCCCAGGCCCUGCCUGGGAUUUGACCAGGCAAGGUCCUUUCCUUCACUCACAAAAUCAGAUAACACCUGUCUGACUUGAAACUGGUCAAAGCACUGAACAAAGUACAGCUGCAAUUUUUGCAGAUAGGGAGUUAAAGUCUCCCAAGAGCAAGCCCCAUGUUCAGGAAGGAUUCACUGUUUUAGACUGGCUGUGCAGAUAAGGGGAACGAGUGAAGAACUUGUACUGGGUUUCCGUGAUAGAGAGGCUGGAACUGUCUGCUUCCUCCAUCCUUUUCCUCUCCUAAGACCAGCACUAAGACAACAUCUUAAUCCUGCCUAAAUUAGAAGGGAAAAGAAAAAAAUGCAAUCUUUUCACUCAGUAUGCAUUCAUGUAGCGUGCCAUGGCGACAGCAGCACAGAUAUUCAAGCUGGUGAGGMAUAAGUCAGAUCAGGCGCUCGCGAAACUCCAUCCUGCAGCACUGACUCAACAGUCAAUAAAAUCUGCCGAUAGGCCUAGCCCACAGGCCAAGCCAAAUAAAAGAGGCUAUAUCGCACAGGAAGCCUGGCAGGUAAGUCCACACAGCUCUGCACCAGGUAAUGCAGGCCCAAGCUGGGAUCAGCACUCACUCAAAGCUUCUAGCUGUGUUUUGCAGAAGAAAAGUGCUUGUUACGAUUAAGAAUCUGAGAUACAACACAGGUCUCACUGCUACUCGAUACGAUGUGGUGAGUAAAGCACCUAAGAUCUCUACACGAAGUGGAUGGAGCCAGGAGCACAGGGAAUGAUGUUUGGCUAUUCAGGAUUUAUGGCCUGCUGGAGUUGGGCACCAAAGCCAUUUUACCAAAUCCCAAUAUUACCAUGAUCAAUCACAAAAAUCUAAGACAGUCUCCUACUGUGAUAAUCCAUUCCCUCCCUCAAUCACUUGGCUGUGCUCUGCUAAUGUAGUCCAAGAUGCUAUUAGCCUCCUUUGCUGUCAGGGCACACUCCUGACUCACAGACAGUUUGCUGGACUCCCCAGAGCUGUUUUGGUUCAGCCGGUCCAUCCUCAGCCUGUAUUGUUGCAAGGGUUUCUGUCUUCCCAGUUGCAGGACUCAGUAUUUGGUCUUGCUGAGUUUUAUGAGGUUCCUGUCAGCUCAUUUCUACAGUCUGCGUAGGUACCUCUGAAUGGCAGCCCUGCCAGAAGUAUAUACUGAUGCUUCCCCACAAUGUGCAGUCAUCUGACAACCUGAUGAAAAUGCACUUGAUCAUCUCCUCCAGAUAACUGAUAAAGAUGUUAAAUAGGAAAGUCCCAGUGUCUUCCACCUGUUACUGACCUCCAGGCAGAGUAUCACCCAUUAACACUGUCCUCUGAGACCAAGCAUUGGUGAGGAACUACCCACCUGGUUAUCCACCUAUUCAGACCAUCAUGCCCUAAUUUGGAUAUAAGAAUGCUGUGGGAAACAAUGUCAAAAACCUUGCUAAAGUCAAGCCAUAUGACACCCACUGCUGUCUCUUCAUCUU